CAAACUGGUUUAAGAUGUUUAGAGACUGCUCCCAGUUCAAAUGUCAGUCCACCCACUUCUAAUAAAGCUGAUGAGAAGUUUCAGUUCAGCAUCACUGCAUUCAGCUGCUGAAGAGAGAGACCGAAUCUGCAGCAUCUCAGCUCAGCGUAAUACAGCGAGAGACUGAAGAGACUGUGUGCAGGAUGAGGUUUCUGAUCUCUGUGUCGCUGCUGCUGUUGAUUCGUGGUCCUACAGCCUCCAGCUCUGAUCCCUGCAGUAACUACACCACUCUGGAUGAAUACUGGAGAGACAUGCAGACGAACUACUACAUGCCUUCGAGUAACGACGCUCUUGUUGAAUGGAGGGGCUGGUAUCGGCUGUAUCUGAGAGGACUCAGCGCUCAGGUGUCCGAGUGGGUGUGUGAGUAACACUCAGUGCACCGUGAAACCGGACUGUUUCUCAAUGGUUCUCAUCCCGGACCGGCCGAUGGAGUGGUGACCCGUGAAGUGCUGGGAACCUGGCAGGGCUCGUCUUCCUCUUGUGGCAGCUACAAAUCCAACUCCAUUCGAGUCAAAGCUUGUCCCGGAGAUUACUACGUCUAUGAACUUGUCAAACCCAGCGCGCCGACUAGGCCUGUGUACUGCGCAGUUGCUUUCCAAACCAUCAGCAGUGAUCCCUGCUACAACUACAAGUCUCUAGAUCGUCCCUGGAGAGCCAACAAUGAAAGUGGAGAUUACAUUUGUGAUCUUUAUUUCUCCUGGAACGGCUGGUACCGGCUUUUCUACCAUGGAAUGGACAUCCAGCUGUCAGAGACCUGUGUUAGCUCAUACAGAUGUAACUCUCAGAUUACUCUGUGGCUCAACGGUUCUCAUCCUCGUAUUCAGGAUGGAGUGGUGGUCAGACAGGUCUGUGGGACUUCUGGAAGUCAAUGCUGUGAUUACAAAACAGGACCAAUCAGAGUUAAAGCAUGUCCAGGAAAUUACUAUGUCUAUGAACUUGUGAGGCCAAACAGUUGGUGUGCGGGAUACUGUACAAAUAUUAGCACCAUUUCUCAGCCAAUUUCCACUGUAAGUCCAGCUAUAACCACUAGAAUUGACAACUCUCUGAAUUUUGACCCAUGCAUGAAUUACAGCAGGCUCAAUGACUACUGGAGAAACGUCAGGGAUGGAUAUGGAUACAAUUACGAUGACACAGAUGUAAACUGGGAUGGCUGGUAUCGACUCUUUAUUAAUGGACUCAGUGCGCAGAUGAAUGAAUGGUGUGUGUCUUAUGCGACAUGUGGAGGUUAUAGUGCUCUGUGGCUUGCUGGAUCUCAUCCUCGAGUAGAAGAUGGAGUUGUUACUCGUGACGUUUAUGGCUCUCGUAAUGAGAAGUGCAGUUAUUACAGAUCCAGCCCAAUCCAAGUCAAAGCUUGUCCUGGGAACUAUUUUGUAUACAAACUUACCAGACCUUCUCUUUCAAUCCCAGCUCCUACAUAUUGUGCAGUUGCUUUCCAAAGCAUCAGCAGUGAUCCCUGCUACAACUACAAGUCUCUGGAUCGUCCCUGGAGAGCCAACAAUGAAAGUGGAGAUAACAUUUGUGAUAUUUAUUUCUCCUGGAACGGCUGGUACCGGCUUUUCUACUAUGGAAUGGACAUCCAGCUGUCAGAGACCUGUGUUAGCUCAUACAGAUGUAACUCUCAGAUGAGCCUGUGGCUCAACGGUUCUCAUCCUCGGAUUCAGGAUGGAGUGGUGGUCAGAGAGAUCUGUGGGAAUUAUGGGAGUCAGUGCUGCGAAUACAAAACAGGACCAAUCAGAGUUAAAGCAUGUCCAGGAAAUUACUAUGUCUAUGAACUUGUGAGGCCAAACAAUUGGUGUGCGGGAUACUGUACAAAUAUUAGCACCAUUUCGCAGCCAAUUUCCACUGUAAGUCCAGCUAUAACCACUAGAAUCAACAACACUCUGAAUUUUGACCCAUGCAUGAAUUACACCACACUCAAUGACUACUGGAGAAACAUCAGGUAUCGAUAUGGAUACAGUUACGAUGACACAGAUGUAAACUGGGAUGGCUGGUAUCGACUCUUUAUUAAUGGACUCAGUGCGCAGAUGCCUGAAUGGUGUGUAUCUUACUCAACAUGUGGAGGUUAUAGUGCUCUGUGGCUUGCUGGAUCUCAUCCUCGACUAGAAGAUGGAGUUGUUACUCGUGACGUUAACGGCUCUCAUAAUGAGCAGUGCAGUUAUUACAGAUCCAGCCCAAUCCAAGUCAAAGCUUGUCCUGGGAACUAUUUUGUAUACAAACUUACCAGACCUUCUCUUUCAAUCCCAGCUCCUACAUAUUGUGCAGUACGUUUCACCCCCCCAAGUGUUGACCCAUGCUACAACUAUAACAGUCUGAAUGAGGCUUGGAGAGCAACAAACAAUUCUUACAGUGGUAACAAUCUUAAGUGUGACAGCUUCCAGGAGGGCUGGUACAGGCUGUUCUACAAUGAUCAGAGUGCCCAGAUGCCAGAAUCAUGCGUUAAUCAAUACAUGUGUGGCACUUACAUGUCAAUGUGGCUCAACGGCUCUCAUCCGCGGCUGGAAGAUGGAGUGGUGACCCGUCAGGUCUGUGGCUCCGGAUGGACUGGCUGCUGUACUUACAGAUCUCUCCCUAUACAAGUCAAAGCCUGUCCAGGAAAUUACUAUGUUUAUGAGUUUGUCAACCCAAUAUUCUGUGGAGCUUACUGCACAGAUGUCACAAGGCUUAAUGCAGCCUCUUCAACAACAACAUCAACACCAGCAACAACAGCAUUCAUUACUCCAACCACUAGUGAAAUGGAUCACUGUUCUGAACUCAGCUGCUCUGAGGAUGAACACUGUGGGAAAAAAAAUGGUGUUUAUGGCUGUUUGUGUAACACGAACCAUUACGGACAGCAAUCUGAAUUUUUUGAUUCCUCAGAAACCUGUGAAAGCAGCUCUGGCUCCAUGUCUGUGUCUCGCUGUCAGCUCUUUGAGGCUGGUUAUUCGGCUGAUAUCUUACAUCUCAAUGAUCCCAGCUGCAGAGGAACAGUGAGGAAUGGCAGAGUGGAAUUUCAUUUUGACAACGACGAGCACAUCUGUGGAACAAACCUUGUGGCCAAUGGCACCCACUUCAUCUAUGAUAACUUCAUUUUGGGAACACCGAGGUCAGAAGGCCUCAUCAGCAGAGUGAAGGUUUUGAAGCUUUCUUUCAGCUGUGCUUAUCCUCAAACACAAACACUUUCCAUGAAUGUGGAAAUCAACCCACUAGAGAGCAUUGUGCACAAGAGCCUUCCAGCGGGUGAAGGCACGUAUCGGGUUCGGAUGAUUCCAUUUCAGGAUGAUAAGUUUACCCGGCCCUUCACUGGUGGUGUAGAUGCAGAGCUCAACCAGGAGAUGCACGUGGAAGUUCGUGCCGAGGGGGUUGACAGCCGGCAGUUUGCUCUGGUGAUAGACACUUGCUGGGCUACACCGGUGAAUGAUCCUGAUUACAGUCUCCGUUGGGAUCUCAUCGUCACAGAGUGUCCCAAUCCAAAUGACGACACGGUGGAGCUGCUCCAGAACGGCGUCUCAACCUCCAGCCGUUUCUCCUUCAAGAUGUUCAUCUUCACUGCAAACUCCACUAAGCUUUACCUGCACUGUGCUGUCCACCUUUGCCUUCUGUCAAGCAAUCACUGCUCAGUGAACUGUAGCUCUGGGCAGCACUGGAGAAAGCGCAGGUCUCUGGACUUUCAUGACAGUUCUUCCAUAUCCAUGGGUCCUUUAAUGUUGUCAGAAGGAAACACAGAUACGUGGGUCAAAGACAAAGUGAAGGUCUCCAAGGCAUCUUCUCUGAGUGCUUCUCUGAUGGUGUUGUUUGUCUUUAUGAUGAGUGUCUUGAUUCUUUUUUAAAACAUCUUUGAAUAAAAAUCUGAAUCAUUUAACAUACAUAUAAUCUAAUGCCAUUGCAAUUAAGUUGUCACUGAUGUCAAUCUGGUUGUGGGUUUAUAAAUGUUUCUUUUAUACAGUUAUAAAGGUGGCAUUAUAAGUGAAUUGUUGUUUAAUCAGUUUUAUUAAUCAUUGCAUACUACUGUAUCUGAAUUUACUUGAGAUGAACUGGAAUGUUGGAAUGGACUUCAUGUUAAUUAAAGUAAUGCAUUAAAAGA